UUCACCUGUAGGAAUCGUUGAUAUCGGACCACUAUAGUUGCCAUUCAAACUGAACGAUCAAAAUCAAGUUCUUGUAGAAAAAUAUUAAUUUGACUAGACUUCUUCGCAUGGAUUGCUACCCAAGGCAAUGAUAUAAUCUCUAUAGAAAAUUGUCAGCCUAUGGCUGUCAUACAAACUGACCGAUCUGAAGCAAGGUAAAGAUUUGUACACUCUUUUAUGCCAUAAAAAAGAGAAAUUAUAAAGGAUAGCUUCGUUGCAGCGAAGUUAACGUCUCAUAUUAAUAUUAUUUAUGCAUAAAAGAAUUUUGUAUUACAAAACCCUGCGCCUGACAUUCACAUCUACAUUGUUUGUUAAACAUUUCAUAUAAAUCAAUCAAACCAACGAAAAAAUUUAAACCAAAUUAUUUCGUAAAAAAAAAAAAACAUUUUGGUUAAUGAAAGAAAUUUAUAAUACAAAUUUUAGUUUAUCUAAAAUAAUCCAUUAUGAGUGAAGAUGCGCCAGAAACAGAAAUAAUAGAGGUACCAAAGGUUGAGCCCAAACAGCCUACAACAGUAAUUGAUCCGGAACGACUACAAGAGCUUAAAGAUAUAGCGAAUCGCUUGCGUCUACAUGCAAUUAGGUCAACACAGGCAUCCAAAUCAGGUCAUCCCACUUCCUGCUCAUCCAUAGCCGAUAUACUUGCCGUGCUGUUUUUUAAUGUAAUGCGUUUAGACAUGAAUGAACCACGCAAUCCGGCUAGUGAUCGACUGGUGCUAUCGAAAGGACAUGCUGCACCCAUACUCUAUGCAGCAUGGGCGGAAGCUGGACUAUUUCCGACCGAUGAACUUCUAAAUUUACGUAAAAUUGAUUCGGAUCUUGAAGGGCAUCCCACGCCUCGUUUAAAUUUUAUUGAUGUUGGCACCGGUUCUUUGGGUCAAGGUGUAGCUGUAGCGUCUGGUAUGGCUUAUAUUGGAAAGAAUAUUGAUAAAAGCGAUUAUAGGACAUACUGUAUCGUUGGUGAUGGUGAAUCGGCAGAGGGUUCAAUAUGGGAGUCUUUAAAUUUUGCCAGUUUUUAUAAUUUGGAUAACCUUUGCGUAAUAUUCGACGUCAAUCGCUUGGGACAAUCUGAUCCGACACAGCUGCAGCAUAACAUGGAUGUGUAUGAAAAACGUUUGGAUGCAUUCGGCUUCAAUGCAAUUGUUGUGGAUGGUCACAACAUCGAAGAACUAAUGAAUGCGUUUGACAAUGCAGCCAAUACGAAAGGCAAACCGACAGCCGUCAUUGCGAAAACAUUCAAAGGCAAAGGAUUUCCCGGAAUUGAGAAUGAAGAAAAUUGGCAUGGUAAGCCUUUGGGUGAUAAGGCAUGUGAAGCUAUAAGAAAAUUAGAAUAUGCGAUAGUCAAUCGAUCACCAUGCCCAGUGGCAUUAACACCAAAAUCGAAUGAUGGUAUGACUGUACCUGAGGUCAAUAUAGAUAACGUUAAAUUAUCCAACCCACCAUCGUACAAACUGGGGGAACAAGUGGCAACACGUGUCGCUUAUGGCAAAGCGCUGGCCAAAAUGGCGGAAGGCUGUGAUCGUGUUAUAGCUCUUGAUGGCGAUACGAAGAACUCCACCUAUUCUGAGAAACUGAAGCAACAAUUUCCUGAACGUUUCAUCGAAUGUUACAUUGCCGAGCAAAAUUUGGUUGGAGUAACCAUUGGUGCCAUGUGCCGUAAUCGCACAAUCGCUUUUGCCUCAACUUUUGCUGCUUUUCUAACACGGGCUUUUGAUCAAGUUCGCAUGGGUGCUAUCUCUCAGACAAAUGCCAAUUUCUGUGGUUCACACUGUGGCGUAAGUAUCGGUGAGGAUGGUCCCUCACAAAUGGCUCUUGAGGAUAUUGCCAUGUUUCGCGCAAUACCAGGCAGCACCGUUUUCUAUCCAUCGGAUGCUGUUAGCUGUGAACGUGCCGUGGAAUUGGCAGCAAACACACCAGGCAUAUGCUUCAUACGCACUUCCAGGCCGAGCACAGCUGUCAUAUACAAAAAUGAAGAGGUAUUCCAAGUGGGCAUUGGUAAAGUGAUAAAACAAUCGCGCAAAGAUAAAGUGCUUUUGGUAGGCGCGGGUAUAACGUUAUAUGAAUGCCUGUCGGCUGCCGCAGAUCUGGAAAAAAUUGGUAUAAAAGUCCGUGUCGUUGAUCCUUUUACAAUCAAACCGUUGGAUGCCGGUCUGAUUAUGGCAAAUGCUCGUGCAUGUGGUGGUCGCAUCAUUGUGGUUGAGGAUCACUACCAAGAAGGUGGUUUAGGGGAAGCUGUGCUAAGUGCGCUUGCUUUGGAACGCGAUGUGGAGGUGAAACAUUUAUAUGUACCGCAUGUACCACGCUCUGGUCCGCCAACGGUACUCAUUGAUAAAUUUGGCAUAUCAGCACGACAUAUUAUAGAGGCCGUGUCCAAUUAUAUGGAAUGCAGGUGUACAUCCAAUCUCGAGGAUUAGAUUUUUUUUUACAAAAAGUUCGAAUUUAUUAAUUUAAAAUAAUGUAUUUAAUUAAGUUUGCAGGCUUAAAUUAAUAGAAUAGACAAAUAAAAAUGUAACUAAAAAUUGAAAAACCAAAACUUCUUCGUAAUUUUAACAUUUUAAAUUAAAAGUAGAAAACCCGUUAACUUCGGUUUUACCGAAGCUAUAAUACCGUUAAUUUCGUCUUUACGGAAGUAACACAAAUACAAAGGAUUGCAUAUUGAUCGAUCAGUUUCUAUGGCAGCUAUGCUUUACUGGUCCGAUAUCGGUUCCGACAAAUGAGCA